GGACUUUGACCGGCGGCUGUUCGAUAGCGGCCGUUACACAACGGACGCAGCGAUUGGCUGCUCUCCCGUGGCAGUGUUGUCUCGCCGCACGCCAUUGGUCACUGAGGCGCAAAUAUAUACCAGGCUGCGCUGUUCGAAUGCUCAGUUGUUGUCCAGAGAUCUACCGUGAACCAGAGUAUGCAUAUUCGCCUCAAGGCCCUUCUUUUUACUACGAGUAUUGCGACCCUCCGUCUGCAGGACGGGCGCAAACAUCAAGCGACCCGUUGUUCUAAGUACGCGUUUAACGACGACUUUAGAGAAAACCAUCUUUAAACAUUCUGCUUUGUGGUCUUUUAGCCGUUUAUAUGUUCAUAAGUGGCUGGAAGAGGAGAAGUAUUAUUACAGUGAGGAUUUAAAUUAAGCCAGAUAUCUACUCUUGUUGUCUGACUUUCCUGCUGACUAAGCAAAGCACAAAUUUUAAAAUGAAGCCUGCACUAAAGCCCAUAGACCCUGAUAUGCCACUGACAUACAAACUGCUGACAGCAGGAACUGCAGCAUGCAUAGCAGAUUUUGCCACAUUUCCACUGGAUACAGCUAAAGUUCGACUCCAGAUUCAGGGUGAAGGCCGUCCCCUUGUAGCCAUGGAAAAUGGCAGUGCACUUCUUGUCCGCACUGCAAAUCUACGAUAUCACGGGCUAGUGGGAACAAUAGGGACUAUAGCUCGUGAGGAAGGUGCAAGGAGUUUGUACAACGGGCUGUCAGCGGGUCUGCAGCGCCAGAUGUGCUUUGCUUCUGUCCGUCUGGGACUCUACGAUUCCGUCAAGAGCCUGUACCAGCAACUGCUAGAUGGUAACUCUCGGGCUGGUGGGAUGCACAUUGGAACACGUGUUGCAGCUGGUAUUACAACAGGUGGUCUUGCUGUACUUUUAGCACAGCCUACAGAUGUUGUAAAAGUUCGGUUCCAAGCUCAGCAAAGAGGGAAUGCUGAUGUACGAUAUAAGUCUACAUUACAGGCUUAUCAUAAGAUAGCUACCGAGGAAGGAAUGCGUGGUUUGUGGAGAGGAACAUUCCCAAAUGUGAGUCGCAAUGCAAUAGUGAAUGUCUCCGAGAUUGUCUGCUAUGAUCUAGUCAAGGACACCUUUAUUAUGUAUAACAUAAUGUCAGACUCACUGCCAUGUCAUUUUGUAUCAGCAGUGAUUGCAGGUUUUUGUACAACAGUGGCUGCAUCCCCAGUAGAUGUCGUGAAAACACGCUACAUGAAUUCUGCUCCAGGAGAGUAUAAAGGAGCUGUUGACUGUGCUGUGCGUAUGCUGUCCCAAGAAGGGCCUGCAGCAUUUUACAAAGGAUUUAUGCCAUCCUUUUGUCGUCUGGUAAGCUGGAAUAUAGUAUUGUGGAUUACAUAUGAGCAAAUGAAGAAGAUGGUGCUCAGUGCUCAUCAUCUUGAUAAGGAUGACUAAUUUCAGAAGACUUACAUCAAAAUUUUCUUUUCUCAUAGAAAAAUGUUAACAAUUACGUUAGAAUUUAUUAAAUGAGGUAUUUAUUACUGAGGUAGUAUUGUGUAUUCUGUGUACUAGGUGUCUGGUAUAUUAAUUUUUCAACUCUACUAUUGCAAUCAUUUUUCCAGCAACUAAUCGAUACUGUACCAUAUUGCACAGAAACUAAAUUAAGCAUUAGGUUUUAUUGCAUGAUAAUGUAAGUGAUAAAUUCAGUUUACAGUGUCUGUAUUGUUUGUAGGUAUAUUAUGAAGCACUUUUUGUUAGAAAAAUGGAGAUAUCAGCUUACAAAAUUUUGCAUGUAUUAAAAUUAGAAGAGGUUAUAUUGAAUUAAUCAAAUUUCAUAAGUACAGUGCAAACCAUAGCAAAUUUUAUUGAAAAUAAUUUGAAAUUGCAGUGGAGGCUUCUGCUUACACCAUUUUCUGAUUAUCAUUGAUCAAAAAUGCUAAAAAAUGUUUCGUUCAUUGCUUGAUUGGCUCAUUGUACAAGCAGUACUGAUUGACAGAGAUGCUGGUAAAAUUAUUGUGACUUAAUAUUAUUUAGUAGAUUGACUGUUCUCUGAAAUUUUAGUUGAAGAAGGGCUUUUUAGAUAGUGUUCUUUCACAGAUUUGUGCUUAUUAUUUGUAUAUCAUAUUUAUUAUAUAUUUUAUGUAAUUAAAAAAUUUUUAUUGAGUUAUUCACUUCUUUAUAAGAACAAGACUAAGUUUACUUCUGCACAAGUCAAAUAUCAACAGCAUAAAAAUAUUUUGUGCUAUGUAUAUUAGUUUUUGCUCUGCUGUCAUAGCUCCAGGUGUAUCACAAGUCAGCAAUUUGUAAUUUCCAUUACUACUGACUAAUAACAUUGAAGACUGCUGUGUAUUCAUUCUGUUACAUUUCACGAAACAAAAUCAUUGAAAAGCAUGAAUGAAUGUGUUCAGCAUUCAUAGUUAGCUCUUUUUCCUUUAACAUGGCUGAACGAAGUGAGAAACACAAUUUGUGGCAACUUUUAGUACUGCACAGUUCCAAGCAUCACCGUUUAUAUUGAAAUGGAUGUGCUAAGAAACCUGAUUGUUUAAUACCAUCAUUAUUUUAAAAUAAUAGCGUCAUCUUAGAGGAAACCUGGUGCAGCUUAACAUUUAAAAUCAAAAUUGGGAAUUACUUGUUCUCAGUGGCUUUGAUUCUAAGAAUGAGAAGCAGUCAUCUAUAUCCUUCAAAAUGCAUAAUGCCUAUUUUGCAACUGAUGAACUACAUAAUUAUAUUGAUACAGUGGUUAACAACAGAAAAAACAAUGAGAAUAAAUAUUGAAAAGAAGUAUAUUUUUGGAUACCAUUUUGUCCAUUCAGUUACAAAUGAAACUAUGGGCCAACAAUUAGUUCAUUUAAUCUAGAGUCUCCAUUCAUUGAAUGCAGUUGUUUAUACAUAGUUUUUUAUAUAGUAAUUAAAAUCAAAUGAAAUACAUCCUUGGAUACAGCAAGUGGAUUACACAGGUCCAAUUUUCAAACAUCAUUGAGAUUAUUCCGAUGUUUGUAAGUACAUAUACUUCUGUUGUCUUAUGGUCUUGAUUGCUAGAACAGAAAAAUGCAGUAGGAAUUUUAUUCUUAAACUAUGUUUUGAAAGUUACUUGCUGCUGACAAAUAAAAGGAAACCUAACGCACAAACUAUUCAUCACACAUACAAUACAACCAUAUCUGCUGACAGCAGAGCAGUUUUGAAAAGAACCAUGACUAUAGAACAUGCCAUAACACUUUUAUUUUAUUAAAUAGCUUAAUAAUUUAAGGGAUUCACCCUUUCAUGGAUGCUGACGGUAUAUCUAAAAAGCCCUAACCUAUAAAUUAUAUUCUUGAGCUUAGAAAUCCAGCUGGAAAGUCACACAACAAAUGUAGAUCUGGCAUAAGGAGAAGUUGAGGUGCCAAUUGUAUAUAUUUUUAGAUACUAUUUAUCAAAUACUGUGAUCUUAAUAACUAGUUUAGCACUGUAUUAAAGCAGUUGUAUCUAAAUGUGUGAAUUAUAGGUAUAACAUCUGUUUUUAACAAUUUUUUGUAUAUAAAUAUUUGUAAUUUGUUUGUUCCAUUAGUGAACUGGCUCAGUAUGUUUUUUCUGUUAUUAGUGAAUUGUGAAUAAACUUAUUUUUAUAUUUUCAAAAGUCUCUUUUUCAUCAAUUUCAAAUAUUUUUGUAAGUCAUUUUCAACUAACAUGUCCAUUGCAUUACUACAUUUGUAAACAAAAAAGGCUAAAGAAUUCUGUUUCAUAAGUAAUUUUUCAGUACUGAAGUAAGCAACUGCUGUUUCACAGACUUUCUACUGUUUGAAGCUGCUUAAAAACAUUCUUGCACUCUUUUAGGAUCAGAAAAAUACCAUAGUUACCCAACUGCAAAUUUGCUUUCAGAGUUGCUUUUGUAAAUGUGCUUAAAUGUGCCAAGUGAUUAGAUAUAUUUGUAGUUUAUAAGUAUAGCUUCUGUCUUGUAAUGUGUACACUGUAAACAUUCUGUUCCUUUGUGGUGCCUGUUUUGAAAUGAGAAGCUACAGUAUGCACUGAAAUUCACCAUGCAUUUUUUAAAGGUUUUGCUCAUUUUUCUUAGCAGCUAUGUUCUUUGAAAUUGAUUGCAUCACAAAUGAAAUGCAACUCAGAGCAUAUCGAGUGAUCAGAAAAAAAUCAGAAUUCAUGUCAUUUUACACAGAUUGAACAUAAUCAUUCCAGGCUUUUUGAAAUGCAUGUUAUUUUUAUCUGUAAUUUAUUGGAAAACAUGGGAAAUUUUUUAAAAGUAGUUCUUCCUAUCAAUGUGUUUAUUGUAAACUGUGUUCUGCCAGUGGUUCUGGUUCAGUAGAAAUAUUUGGUCAAGAAAUGUGGAUAUUUAAAAAAAAAGAAUACACUAGAAUUGAAUGUUAGCAUAUUAGCUGCAGAAUGCUGAAAGAACUGUAAUUACUGAAAUUUAGUGCUGUACUAAAGAAAUUAAUAAAUGUGGAUGAUUAGUGCUGGUCUUUAUUUAUCAUGGCCUUGCCACGUACAUGGUACCAAAUUGUACAAUCUAUAAAAAUAGUUUGACAGUGAUCUGCAAUGCAGAGGCAAUUAAUGCAAUAAAGUAGAUAUAUUUUUGUACAGGUCACUAUAAGAAACUAUUCAUAAAGUAACAAAUACUGGAAUAGAAAUUAUUGUGAAAAUUACUACGGCUCAUGACGUGGUUUACAAUUUUGUACUGUUUUAAAAUUAUAAUAAAAGUGAGAGAAAUGAUA